AUGACUUAUCUGAUCGGUGGAAGAAGCUUACAAGGAGUAGAAAUUGAUCAAGAAGAAAAGCAUCAAGAUGCAUCAGAUGAUUAUCUCAGUAAAAGUCAAGGCUCUAGUUUCUCCUAUUUAUCAAGCUCUUCCUAUUCUUGUUCUUAUCUAUCAUCUCAAUCUGAUAAAAAUGACCAUACUUUAAUGCUUCGGAGACAACAACUCACUUCACAAGUCUUUAUUGAACAGUUAACUAAAGUUAACUUUCCUCAACGUGUUAAGACACUCGACGCUUCUCGUAACUAUAUCACCGAGUUGCCGUUACAACUCUUUUACUUUAAAAACAUAACUCACCUUAUCAUGUCCUGUAACUCACUUACUCAUAUUCCUCCUGUUAUCUAUAAACAUUUAAAGCAUUUGCAGCACUUGAUUCUAUCCGAAAAUGAAAUUGAAAGUAUAUCCAAAGAAAUGCCUCUUUAUCUUCAAGAACUCACUACUUUGAUACUGGACGGUAAUCGUGUACAAUUGUUACCGAAUACAAUCAACCAAUGGAAAAAGCUGCGGGAACUUCGACUAGGUUCGGAAUAUGGAGGGAAUAGGAUUCGUUGCCUUCCUUCACUAUCAGAGAUGCAUGCCCUUGUUGAUUUAGACAUAUCAUUUAAUCAGAUUGAUACUCUAUUACCUGGUACAUUCAUCGGACUUACGAGAUUACGAAACUUAAAUCUAUCGAACAACCAAUUGGUCCAUAUGCCAGACUCACAUCUAUUUCAAGACUGUGAGGCCCUCGUGACACUUGAUUUAUCCAACAAUCAACUUGUCAAAAUACCUAAUCACAUUGUAUCAGAUUUAGAUGAUCUGAUAAGGUCACAUCAUCUUCAAUUACUUGAUCUAAGUGACAAUCAACUCAGCGUAUUAUCCGAAGAACUUCUAGAUCAAAGUCGACAAGUGCAUGUGAUAUUAAAAGGCAAUCCACUUACUCUCUAUCCAUAUCAUCAACAGGAUCGAAACAGUGAGAGCAGUCGGGCGUUUAAUCAGCAAGUACACACGAUGUUACAGGCAGUAAACCCAGUGUCAACGUAUACAGACAUAUUUCAAACAUUUGAUUUAGCCACAGCUUUACAACAGGACGAACAAGAAGAUGAAGGACAACAAGAAGAGAGUCAAAAUGAAGAAAUAUCAGAUGAUUCAGCCCCUGUCUUACUUUAUUCCCUUCGAGAAAUUGCCUUGAGAAUGCUGUUGUCUUCCAAUGAUUACCAUACAGGUUCUUUACUUGUUCCUGAGCAUAUUCAGUAUGACAUUCAUAACAAACAAAAACUAUGCUUUUAUUGCCAACAGCCCUUUUUUAACGAAUGGAUCAACUCUGUCCGAUUAAAGACAUACCACGGAUACCCUUCUGUCAUGCAACAAAUUAAAUUCUGCAGCUAUCAAUGCUGGCAUCAUUAUCGUGAUAGGUUAGCACAACAAGCAUUAGCAACACAAAGUCAGAUACAAACACAAACACUUGAGUAUAUGGAACAACAUGAACAUAUUUUGGAACCAGGUUCAUUCGACUGGAUAAUGGCUGCAGUCAUGGCUGCAUCUCUUCAACAAGAACAUGCAGACAUUAUUGCAAAUCAAAUUUAA